GAAUGCGCUCACAUCGGCCGAACGACGCGUCGCUUUACUCCUGCCUCCUAUAUGAGUCAGUGGGGCAUUUCAGUCUGCAUCGCUCCACGAUUGAGGCUGGUUCAUAGUGAGAUAUAUUAGCGAACUUCAAUACGCGCGAGAGUGUACUAUUUUGCACGUAACAGUGACCGAUGUUGACCGUCGAUUGUUUCCUGCAAUGAUUAUGAUCAACCCCAGCAAGAUGUCGAUCAUAGCCGACUUGCCCAACAUCAAAUCGAUGGUAUCCCCGAGGAUCAAGGAAGAGUGCUGCGAGGACUAUGUUAGUACUAGUGUUGAUGAGGAUGCUCCGCUCGACCUGAGGAUUAACUGCAGCAGGAUGAGUCCUGCUAGGGAUUCCGGUACCGAAAGUGAUGAUACGGAAGAGAAGAUGAUGGUGGACGGAGGUGAUUACAAGCCCUUCAAGAAGAGUCUGAUUAAGAGAUUUGAUAAAGAGCAAAACAACUACAACCAACUUCACCAGUUACUUUCAAGACAAAGGACCGAUCUGCAACAUCCCAGCUUAUGCGAUUAUGGACGAAGAAAAUCCGUUUACCCCCCUACAACUGGUUCCUUGCCUCCUAGCCCAGCCGAUUCAGGCGUGUCGGACGUAGACAGUUCCUCAAGUGGCCACACAUCGGACGACCUCAAGGCCAGGCUGCAACCAAACAUCCAUUCACCAGUAGGCAAUUUAUUCCCCAGACAUCCUCUCUCCUGGACCACGCACCAUGGACAGAGGCCUCCUAACCACAUGUCCCAACAGUUUUACCAACCUUUUCCGACCAAUCUGGAUCCCUACAACGGAUACCUUCUCCAGCAACACCAAGUCCAGCAGUCCCAUCACAUGCAUCACCACAACCAAUCACCAUUCACGACACCGUCGCCUCCCUCUCCCCCGAUCAGGCACUCCAUCCCCACCUCAGUCAUCCAAGCAGCUACCAGUAGUAUAUACGACGAUCCCUACAUGCUGGGUUUCUCCCCGAGAAAGCUGAAGAAAGUUAAAAAACAAAAGCUUGGAGAACCCGGAACGGUGAAAAGGAAAAGCAGGGAGGGAUCGACGACGUAUCUCUGGGAGUUUCUGCUGAAGCUGCUCCAGGACAGGGAAUACUGCCCGAGGUAUAUCAAGUGGACCAACAGGGAGAAGGGAGUCUUCAAGCUGGUAGAUUCGAAAGCCGUGUCGAGGUUGUGGGGAAUGCACAAGAACAAACCCGACAUGAACUACGAGACCAUGGGGAGAGCUCUGAGAUAUUACUACCAGAGGGGAAUCCUAGCAAAAGUAGACGGGCAGAGGUUGGUGUACCAAUUCGUUGAGGUUCCUAAGGACAUAGUGGAAAUAGAUUGUACAGGAGCAGCGUGAAGUGGUCGCCAAUAAACUUCCCAGCCGGUUUGAGAGCCUGCUGUCUCGAAAGUACAACAAAACACAAAUUAUUUAUUUAGAUGAAAUCGUCUAUCAGAUUGUAUAUAUUAGCUAUGACUCAAAAACAAAGACGUCAACAACGAAUUAUCCACUUAGAAAGAUCUCAUAGUGAUGGUAGCGAGACUUUUGAGGUGACCUGUAAGGAUACAACGAGGUUGUGAUUGGAUAGAAGAGAUUUCCGUUAAGGUUGUGGUGAAAUUUUCCAACUAUGUAAUCCCCCCACUAUUUCAUACGUUGCAUAGCAUUUAAUCUUAAUCAGACCAAAAACUUGAGCAUUUGAAUGAAGAUCGUCCGCAGGACUCGCGACAGUCCUUUGGACGCGUUACUAUAUUUACAUUUGAAAUGACUGUUCAGUCACAUGUUCAAUGUUGCAUUUAAAGUGCUUUUAAUAUUUACAUGUUGUACAAAAAUAACAGAUGAUUUGUUUGAUCAAGUCUUAUUACUGGAGUUUAAAAAAGUUGACCUGUAAAUAAAAAGUUUAUAAGUGAAUCAACGGAAUAUCUAUCUGUUGUUUGUUUAGUAUGGAAUAGUGAAAAAUUGUUAUAUAAUAGAUUUUUAUGAAUAUACCUAAAUUUUAAAUAAAAAAUAUCAAUUAUAAUAGUAAUAAAACGUCGGAUAUGAGUGAAAUGUGAUAAGAAAAGGACAAGGUAUUUUGAGAAAGUCUUUUUUUCUAAAUUUUGUUACCGAUUUUUGAUGAAAUGGAAGGUGCUUUAAAAAUGGAUAAGAAAAGACUGCGAGGUGCCUAGCGAUUGACAAGAGAACAAUUGAAUGUCAAUGAAUAGCUCUCUUUAAUUGUAUAACUUUACAGAGUGGCAAAUAGUUUUGGUUUCUGAUCUCAGUAUGUACACAGGAAUAUUAAAAAAAUAAACGUGAGUUUGAUAAAAUUGAUUGCCUUUGAUACCUUUUUUCGGGAAGGCUCUAGAUAAUUUUUCAAAAACACUCAAAAAAAUGUACAUAUAAAGUUUUUCGUACUUACGUUGAGAGAAAUUUGGGUCAUUUAGAACUUUUUCAAAUUGUAAUUUAUUAUAAGUGUACAUUCUGUAUAGUAUUUAUUCUAAUAAUUUCGAAAUAUCACAUUUAAGUUUUUUUUUUUGUAAAUUUUUUGUAACUUUCUGUGAUUUUUGUAAUUUUAGUGGAUUCUAAAUUCUGUUUUAUAUAAUUAACCUAUGUACCUAAAGAAUAAUGUGUCUUGAACUCUUAAUUAACUCAGCGCAAAUCAGGACAAAACAUAGAAUUUAAAUAAUAUAACCCAGGAUUUCUUCCAGUGAAAAUUUAUAUCUAUUACCUAAGAAUUGUGUAGAAUCAAAUAGAUGUAUUCGUGUAAGUUGUGCACAACAAACAAAAAAAAAUUGUUGACUUAUCGUCCAAAUAACAUGUGAUAUGUCUGCAUGAUUGUUAUCUGUCAUCUUUUUAGCGAUUAAUCAUUAUAUUCAUGAAUGUUUUUUGUUUGUUCCGAUAUUUAUCAAAAAAAAAACAAAAUUUUUUCCAUCCAUACCUUUUCCUUCUGAUUUGCUAUGAUUUCACUAGAAUACAUCACUAAGAAUCAACAAAUUUCUAUGACCAAUAAGGAAUAUCUGAAUUUGGAGAUAAUGCAAUAGAAAUAUUAUGAAACAGUUUGUAAAUAUAGGAUAAUUUUUAUUACAUAACAGAAAUACCUACCUUAGAAUAAGGAUUUUAUUGAUUUUUAAAUACAAUAUUGUAUAGUUUUUAUUUAGUUUAGGACAAUGUACUUCUUUAAUAUAUAGUUUAUUGUAAUAUUUUGUCUUUACAAAAAUAUAAUUAAUUAAAAUUA